GCAAGCAACUUAACUUAUCUCAGUCAGGACGUGUGAGGCACAGACACGGUUAUCGAAGUUGUUUCAGAAAAUGUCUUUGGAAAUGUACUUGGAUUUGUUUUCGCAGCCAUGUCGCUCUGUUUACAUAUUUGCCAAGAAAAACGACAUCCAGUUCGAUUACAAAAAGAUUUCGCUUUUUGAAGGUUAUCAAUAUAGUGAAGAGUAUGGGAAAAUCAACCUUCUAAGAAAAGCACCAGCAAUCAAAGAUGGAGACUUUUGCUUGGCUGAAAGUGUUGCGAUUAUGCUCUACCUGGCUGAGAAGUUCCACACUCCAGACCACUGGUACCCAGCUGACUUGCAGAAGCGUGCUAGAGUAAAUGAAUAUCUAUCAUGGCAACACUCUGCCAUACGGAUACAUGGAUCCAAGAUGCUCUGGUUCAAGCUCUUGAUUCCAAAAGCUUUAGGAGUUGAGAUCCCUAAGGAAAAGAUAGACAAUGCAGUAGAGGAUCUUAAUGCAUCACUGAACCUUUUUGAGGAGAAGUUUCUGCAAGACCGACCAUUCAUUGUUGGGGAUCAGAUUUCAUUGGCCGACCUGGUUGCUAUUGUGGAAAUCAUGCAGCCUGUAGGUGCUGGUAUGGAUGUAUUUGAGAACAGACCCAAACUCAAGGCAUGGAAGGACAGAGUCAGAGCAGAAAUUGGGGUUGAGCUGUUUGAUGAGGCCCACCAGGCAAUCCUCUGUGCCCAGGAGUCAGUGAAAACCAUGGACCCUAAAAGGAUGGAGCACUUUAAACCCAUAAUUUUGAGAUAUUUCCUCUCAUAAACAAACUGGUAGAUAUUGUUGGUUAAAAAAUAUCUAAAUACGCUUUACAUUUUCUGUAAUCACUAAGAAUAAAAUCAGCUGAAAUUGAAUAUGAUUUUUGUCAUAUUUCUGAGAAUGAAUGCAAUAAUCAAUGUUUCCGUGUUAACUGGACCUCAUAAAAAGAAGCAAACUGUGAAAUAGCAUGUUUCCAGCUGUGUUCGCUCUCAAAUUCUGAAUUGCUGUAUUGACUGUGACCUAGGAAAUAACACACAGACACUCAAUACAGCAUUGUUUUAGAAAAUCACUUAACAUCCAUGGGAAGGAGCUGGGAGGAAUGUUUGCUCCCUUUGUGUUUAUGGAAUGUAAUCAGAUAUUUUAUUGUUUCCUGCAGAAUACUCUGUAUGAUAAGGAAUAGCAUGUUUUGUUAAUUUCUUGUAGAGAAAAGGGUUACAUUCUGUCAGCAGCAUUUCCAUUAAAUCUCUAAUAUUGUCAAUAAAUGUAUCUUUUGUCAUCA